ACCUGGAUGGCCAACCACACCGGAUGGGUGGAUUUCAUCCUGGUGGGACUCUUCAGUCAGUCUGAACACCCAGCUCUCCUUUGUGUGGUCAUUUUUGUGAUCUUCCUGAUGGCCUUGUCUGGAAAUGCCAUCCUGAUCCUGCUGAUCCACUCUGACAGCCGCCUCCACACCCCCAUGUACUUCCUCAUCGGCCAGCUGUCUGUCAUGGACGUGAUGUACAUCUCCGUCACUGUGCCCAAGAUGCUCCUAGACCAGGUCAUGGGCGUGGAUGAGAUCUCGGCCCCUGGGUGUGGGAUACAGAUGUUCCUCUAUUUGACACUAGUGGGUUCCGAAUGUUUUCUUCUAGCAGCCAUGGCCUACGACCGCUAUGUGGCCAUCUGCCAUCCUCUCCGUUACUCUGUCUUCAUGAACCACAAGGUGUGUCUCCUUCUGGCCUCUGGGUGCUGGUUCCUGGGAUCGGUGGAUGGCUUCAUGCUCACUCCCAUCACCAUGACCUUCCCCUUCUGCAGAUCUCGGGAGAUCCGCCACUUCUUCUGUGAGGUCCCCGCUGUAAUGAUGCUCUCCUGCUCGGACACCUCAGUCUACGAGACACUCAUGUACCUGUGCUGUGUCCUCAUGCUCCUGAUCCCUGUCAUAGUCAUUUCAAGUUCCUAUUCAUUCAUCCUCCUCACCAUCCACAGGAUGAACUCUGCUGAGGGCCGGAGGAAGGCCUUUGCCACCUGCUCCUCCCACAUGACUGUGGUCAGCCUGUUCUAUGGGGCCGCCGUCUACACCUACAUGCUGCCCAGCUCCUACCACACCCCUAGGAAGGACAUGGUGGUGUCCUUUUUCUACACCAUCCUCACUCCUGUGCUGAACCCUUUAAUCUACAGUCUUCGGAAUAAGGAUGUCAUGGGGGCACUGAAGAAAAUGGUGACUGUGGGACCUGUCUCUCAGGAAACUACAAAGUAG